AUGGACGACGAAAUCAAUCCGAAUAUCGAGGAUGACGUGACGAUGCAGUCGUCUACGGGGAGUCUAGGUUCACCAUACCAAAAGGGAAUUGUCUAUAACAAACUACUUCCCUACGCUAAUGAACUCGACGACGAGUCUCAAAUUUUACUUGCCGAGAUCAAGGGCAACCUAGGACGAGCCAUUAUGCUGCGGGAAAUUCAACCUGGUUGCAGUCUCUGGACUUCUAGGCUUUUUAAAUAUGUGUUAAUAUAUGGAAUGAAGUUUAGUAAAGAGGAUCAUAUUUUAUUUAUUAAACUGAUGUAUGAACUGCUAACUAUACCUAAUUUAGAACCAUUUUUAGUCAACAAAUUUGGGUCUUCGCUAAUUUUAUUAUUAAAAAAAAAAGAAUUGAUCUCCCCUGAGGAACUGGAGUUACCAUGGAGACCAUUAUAUAAUUUAAUGCACAGUAUAAUAUGUAAGAGACAUGCUCCUCAAAGCUUGCACCGUUAUUUUUCUUCAAUGGAUGUGACUUUGGAUGCUGUGGUGCAAGCUGUAAAAAUCUAUUUUCCGUUAAGCGCAACUCGAGAAAUAUUGGAUGAAAUAAGACCCAUGUUAUGUCCUCUUAAUGGAAAUAUUGUGCACAUUGAAAUGUUAGUAUCAUUCUUGCCAUUGCAAUUGGCUCCGAAGCAUCAUUCGUUAGGCUAUGAAUUAUGGUUCAAUGAAUUUAUGGUACUUUGGGAAGUAUGUCACAAUGCUCCACAGUGGGAAAACGAAAUAAUGUGGUUAAUGGCUAAAUUAGCUACGCACAAUAUUGGAUAUAUCGACUGGGAGCCACAUUUGCCUUUGAUGUUUACUAGAUUUGUAAGAUGUUUAAAUUUUCCGGUAUCUUACAAAAAUACUCAAAGUAGAAAGCACCACAAGAUUGAGACAAGUCCAAUUGCUAUGUGGAUUGUUGCUGUUUUAGGAAAUGGAUCGAGCUCACAGAUGUAUCUUGAAAAAUUUAUGAAAACAGUAGAAACUUAUUUUCAUCCUGCAAAUUUUGGAAGUUGGUUGAACAGAUUAAAGGAGCUACUCAAAAAACUUCCAUAUCACUUUAUUUCACGUCUACAUAAGGAGCGCUAUGGUAAACCAACGUGGGAAACCCCAGUUCCAGAUACACACAAGUUGACCGAUGAUGAUGUCGAUGCUUUUGUAAAAUGUGUAACACCUGUUGCCAUGACUGCCAUGUUUAGUAAGACAGGUGUUAACGACGCAUGUCAUGCUUUACAAUAUCUUGCUACUAUGCGACCAAGCUUAGUAAUUCCAGAUGUCUUGGAACGAAUGUAUUCCACCCUCGAUUCCUUAACGGAACCUCAUAAAUUAACUGCGGUUAUGAUCUGUAUGGUAGCAGUUGCCAGACCUAUGGUACAAGGGUCCAGGAAUGUGAACAAAGGUUAUACGUACCCAGAGGGGCCCUCUCACGUACUUCCACUUCUUUUUUCAUCUUUACCUGGAAUAGAUCCCAAUGAUGCAAGAAAAUGUUUUGUUACUUUUCGUUUGAUAUCUGUUUACGCCACGCUGGUACCCAUCAUGGAUUCUUCGAAAUCACAAGCACCUAUGGAUGAGGAAGAGAGACUGGUUUGUGAAUCAACGUCUCGGUUUGAGGAUUUUAUUCUACAGUUUCUGGAUCGAAUUUUUGCCUUUAUCGAAUCUAGUUCACUAGAAUUUGUGAGACUGGAAAGCUUAGCUGGCGAUGGAAAAAGCAAACUAGAGUCAAUGGCAGAAAGUGCACUGGCCGGCGUUUGUACUUCGCUUCUUAUUCAGACCAAUGACGCACUUUUCGAGUGCGCUUUGCACAAAUUACGUUCUUUCGUUACGGAGCGUAUUCUGGAGACAAAGGUAGCCGGCCAGCUAGCUGCUGUUUUAUGUAAAAUAUUUACCCGAGUCAAUGGCCACAAUACUUUGCGUGCAUUAUUGCCAGUACUAUCCGAAACGAUCUUGGAAUGCGUUGGAGAAGGCGAUGAAAUUAUUAAGGAGGAAAAUCUGGAUAACAAACUUCUCUACGCUAUGCUUCUGCUCUCUGAAAUAGUGGACACUUUAGGCAAUCAUUUAUUACCAUAUUUGGGGACUCUAAAGUGCGUUCUCGACAAAGUUUUGCAUCUGAAGUCACGGGAAGGCAGCAGGCUCGCACACCGACUCCUCAAGGAAGUGCUUCACUCUUUGUCUAACGUGGCUCCGAACACUUAUCACACUCUGACCAAAAAUUAUAACGACCCAGAGUAUCCCAGUAUUAGAAAUUGGGGUCAGGGCAUAGAAGUCAACAGUUUAAACAUCGAAUGGUAUGUUCCUGGUGACGAAGAAAUCACUGCGGUGCAAGAGAUAUUCUCCCGAUACCUUCCACCAGAAGUAGCUCGGAUCGAAGAGUACAGCAUCGACAAAAAAUCAUUAACACGGGAGGAAUUGUUAACUAGCUUGAACAUAGUUAACAGUAUUGUCGAAGGAUGUGAGUCACUUUUACCGAUAUGGUCCGAGCCUCCUGUGGUGAUGGAAACAGUAUUAGAUCAGAAACCCUUUUUGCCAACUCUUGGUAUUAAAGGAGAAAUCAAGAUGCCCGAUGGAAGUAAUGUAAGAUGUUAUUUGGCGAAAGUCAUGUGUACCUUACAGGACAUGAUGCUCGAAAAUUCAGAAGAUGAUGUAAAGAGUUUGUUCGUAUUAAUUCGGAUAUGGAGCGGUCUCCUGCUGGGGAAAAUGCGCUUACGGAAUUUGCACGAAGCUAGGCGGAAGAAUUUUCAGUUCGCCAAAAAAAUACUGGAGGACAAGCUAUUAGGAAAAAAAAGACAUUUAGGGCCUUUUAUAAUCGAGCGCGCCACUCUUCAGCACGAGUCACGAAUAUUUUCUCAAGCACCCUGCCUCACCGAGACUCACCUGCUCAUGAUGGAAAAAUUGUUCAAAUUAUCCAUUAGCAGAUACGCCGACGUUCGUUCAAAGGCUCAAAAGGCGUUCUUUUCUGCCAUUCAGAAUUUCCCUUACUCUUACAGCUAUUUCAUAGAACACAUCGUUGAUGUUUUAAGAAAAAGUCCGGAAAAAGAGCACGAGGCUUACAAGGGUGCACUGUAUCUCUUACUGGGACCGCAACAAGAUCCACUGGUAACGAAACGUGACUGGUCUUUACUGAGAGUCUUGUGGCCAGCUAUCGUGCGUUCCCAGCCCUCCGAGAAGCCCUCCGUAAUCCGGUUGAAGGAAAGUUUAACUAACCUAGUGCAUCAAAACUUUCCGACGACUACCAUUAAUCUUGAAAUACCAGAUGACUGCGUGAAGGUGGCCGAAGGAUUGUGGGACUUCACUCCACAACCCAUAACGCUUCCACCUAACGAAGCAGAAAUCAAAGCAGGAACGAAAAAUUUAAAGAAAAUUAGUGAACACAAUCUACGGAUUUAUAACGAGCUUGUAAACGAUCUUUUACAUGCGGUCAUAGAGGAGAAUCUGCACUGGCGACAUAAGUUAAUGGCUAUGGGUUUUAUAAGGGACUUGGUACAUCCAGAUCAGGAGUAUUCGCCGAGAGUAGUCCAUUAUUUCCUCGACGCUCUGAUACACGAUUCUCUGGACGUGAGAAAAAUCGCCAUCAAGACGGUGAUUUAUAUGCUGAAGCAACAAAAGAGGAAGCAUCCAAAGGUAACCGCAAAUCUGGCAGAGCUUCAGAAAUCACGGCCACCUCAGGACGAGCAAUCGGUAUCAUCGGAGAGGUGGAGUCCGGGAGAAAGAUCGGACAAUACGUGGCUGCUUUACGACUAUGAGAACAGGCCCCUCACCGUGGAACAGUGGGACGAGUCCAGAUACGUUCAUAAGCCGUACAUUGGUUAUUACGCGUGGCCUAAAAAAUUGGAAAUUUAUGCCCCAUCGGAUCAGCAGCCUUCCCUGGAUCUUGCGAGCCGAACGAUGACGCCAUCCGAAAGAGAGGUCCAUGAUUUCUUCGACGAUCCGCAAAACGUGGACAAGCUGGUUAAAUUCCUCGUUCUGGAGGAGCACAAGGGCAAAGACAAAUUCAACGUCUAUCAUUAUCUACUUUUCAAGGGCCUUUUCCGUAACCACGGAGAUGCUCACCUGAAACACUUUUUACCUCACCUGCAGAGGCUGGUGGCGGAUAAACACGAGAGCCACCAGCGGUGCGCCGCGGAAAUAACGGCGGGUCUUAUUAAAGGUGCGAAGCACUGGCCCUUCCAAAUGACGGAGAACAUGUGGAAAGUACUUCUUCCGGUUGUACGAGUUGCUCUUGGUAACCUUACCGUAGAGACCGUAGAAGACUGGGGUAUAUGUUUCGCCACUGCCCAGGAACGACGCGACCCUAACAAACAUCACUGGUUGUUGGAGUGUUUGAUGGAGGAGCCGCCUCUCGGUGAAUCCGAAGCAUCGUUUGUCGAAUGUGGAAGGCUAUAUGCUCUUCAGAGUGCUCUAACUCAGCAUUUCUGGAGAGUGCCCCAAUUGUUGCAACGCCUUCUGGCUCGUUUGGAAGACAGACUGUUAGCCAAUCCGUUUCAGAUUGUUCGGGACCGUUUAGGGUCCCUGUUGACUAUGAUUUUUUAUGCAGAUCUUAGGUUUCCUUACACUGAAUAUAAGCAGUCGACCCCUAAAGUGCAAGACCUUAUAGAUAAGGUUGUCCCUAGGCUGCAAAGAUUAGCCGAAGAUCCUACGAUGCUCCACGACAAUGCCUCCAGCAGUGAAAAGUCAAUAAUGUCACGCGUUGCAAACGUAACGUUAGGAGAGACCAAGAUGUCUACGAACAAUAAUAAAGUUGCUGAACGAGAGGCAGCGAUUAGAUUGUUUAAAACCGUUUGUAAAUGGUUAAUCGGUAGCAUAUCGCGUUCGCAGUACGGGGCUUUGUCUGGAUUUUAUGAACUGUUCCCUAUCAUCUGCCAGUUGGAAAAUUGCGACGUGGACGAGGAGUUGACGAAGACGUGUUCGAUGACAUUGGCACUGUUGGCACAAGCAUUGACUCUGCCUUGUCAUAUGACAGCGGCUUUAAAUGCCGUGACCAAAGUUUCGAAGAGCUCUUCUUGGUGGGCCAGGGCUACUUGCCUCGAAUUCCUUCAAGUCCUUGUAUUUCAUAAUAUGAGUAUCAUACUUAGCAAUCAGGAAUGGGUCUCCUGUGUCCGUGACAUUGUUCUUAGACUCCUCGAAGAUGACCGGCUCGAAGUCCGGGAAAAAGCAGGACAAGUACUCGGAGGUUUAUUGCAUUGUACAUUUAUCACUGAUCACGAAAGUCUUUUGGAACAAUUUAAAAUUAAGGCAAAAACUCGUAUUCGUAAAAGACGACAUGGCUCUGUUAGUUACGACGAGGACGACAAAAUUGCAGAAGCUAAAGCAAUUCGAGUUAGACACGCCGGUGUUCUUGGUUUGUGUUCGUUUAUCCGCGCUCAUCCAUAUGAUGUGCCGAAGUACGUGCCUCCAGUUUUGGAGCACUUAGGUCUUCAUUUGAACGAUCCUCUGCCAAUCCCGGCAACAAUAAGAAAGACUCUAGGGGAUUUUAAACGAACCCAUUACGAUGGAUGGAAUGGACUUACUGGACAUAUACAGCAGUUUACAGAAGAACAACUUGUAGUUUUACAAGAUCUAACUGUGCCUCCUUCCUACUAUGCUUAGCUGUGCAUACAUGUGUUAUGCGAGAAAUAUGUUGGCUAACAUGUAUGUAAUGAUGCCUAGAGAUAAGAUCUUUACUCCGUAACGUGAAGGAUGGCAACAUGUUCAAGAGGGACUAUCGAUAAAUGUUUUUAUAUAAAAGUUCAUUCACUUUUCGCCAAAUUAACAAGCUUUGUUUAAUUUAACUACUUUGGUCACCUCCGACAUUAAAUGUUGGAAUUUAAUAUCAGCAGUUUAAGAAGUUUUUAUUAAGGGCUCGAGGUCCUAUAGGAUCGUUCAUAUGUUUCGACAAGUAUCUCACCACUAAGAAAACAUUUCCUAUCGUAACAGUUUUCAAGACGCGUUUCCUCUGUCUGCAAUUACGUUCAUUCGUGUAUGAAAAAAAAAUGUAUGUACAAUAUAUUGUAAAAUGAGUUUUGUUAA